UGUCUCAAUUAAUAUCCACCACGUUCUUCCGUUAUACGACCACCUCUCCUCUUCCCUUCGCUUUAUGUAAUCACAAGACGAAGAAACCAAACACAGAGUUUCACUUCUCUCAUCUCUUCCAAUGUCUUCUGCUUCAGCUUCUCUCCAUGCCACGUGCUCUCUAAGGUCCCUUCACAGCGUCCGCCCAUGGCGUCUCCACGCGCGUGUGUUGACAUGCUCGGUCACGACCAAGCCCAGACCUUUCGGUGACGGCCUGGUGGCUGAGCCACGGCUCUUGAGCCCUCCAAACCCGACUGAGCUCGCUCCUCCCCGGUUAAACGACCCGUCUCUGAAAUCAACGUGGCCGCACCGUUUAUGGGUCGCCGCUGGUUCUACCACCGUCCUUGUUUCCGCUGCCAAAUCCAUCGCCGGAAUGUUGAGUUCCCACAUGUGGCUCGAACCCGCGAUAGCCGGAUACGUUGGCUAUAUAUUAGCCGACCUAGGAUCCGGGGUCUACCACUGGGGCAUCGACAACUAUGGGGACGGGUCAACGCCCGUGUUUGGGGCUCAGAUUGAAGCCUUCCAGGGUCACCACAAGUGGCCGUGGACCAUCACCAGGCGUCAGUUCGCCAACAAUCUCCACGCUCUGGGUCGAGUCAUCGCCUUUGCGGUCCUUCCGCUGGACCUUGCCUGCGACGACCCCGUCCUACACGGGUUUGUCAGCGUGUUCGCAUUCUGCAUAAUGUUCAGCCAGCAGUUCCAUGCUUGGGCACACAGCACAAAGAGCAAGCUUCCACGGCUCGUGGUGGCGUUACAGGACAUGGGUGUGCUGGUUUCCCGGUCACAGCACGCGGCUCACCACCGGCCGCCAUAUAACAACAACUACUGCAUAGUGAGUGGGGUAUGGAACAAAUUUUUGGACGAGACCAAGAUUUUCGAGGCAAUGGAGAUGGCGCUGUAUUUCAAGCUCGGGGUUAGGCCGAGGUCGUGGAGUGAGCCGAACCCAGAUUGGACAGAAGAGACCGAGGCAUCCUCCCAAACUUGAAAACACAAUUUCUAUGUUUUUGGGCUGUAAUUAAGGAUAAAGAGUGUAUGUGUUCAAAUGGACAAUGAUUUCUCCAUAUAAUUGAUAAGAUUUUUUCUGUGUGCAUA